AUAUUCCAACAACAAGUCAAUAAUACAAUCCAUCUCCACCUCAUUUUAUCAAUUUACAUACAAAACAACAAGAAAACUAUUUGAUCUUUGCAUCAAAAAUAACCAAUGAAACCAUCAUUCUCGAUCUUGCUAAUAUUGUUAUGUUGUUUGGCAAGCCCAUCUCUCUGUGAUCCCAGAGCAACAGAAGCUGCUCUGAUAUGCAGCAACUCAACAGCUGCACAAUCUGAUCGUCAAGUCUUCGUAUCGAAUUUCCUAGCUAGCUUAGACACGAUCACUCCCUUAGUUUCUAGCCAGAGAUUCGGACUUGUCGUUAGUGGCCGCGGCAAUGCAACAGUGUUCACAUUCGGUGAAUGCAUGAAAGAUUUGUCGAAAAAGGACUGUGAUCUCUGUUUUGCUCAAUGCAAGACUCAGAUUCUGAGGUGCCUUCCAUUCCAGAGAUUGGUUCGGGGUGGAAGGCUUUUUUAUGAUGGUUGUUACUUGAGGUACGAUGAUUAUAUGUUCUUUAACGAGAGUGUGAGUCGAGUUGAUAGGACUGUAUGUGGGAAGGAUGAAUUCGUUGGUGAUCAGAGUUUGUUUAGGAGCAAUGUGGUGGAGUUGGUCAGGAAUUUGAGCUUUCAAGGGGCUAAGAAUGACGGGUUUUAUGCAGGGGAUGUGCGUAGAGGGAAUUUGAGUGUUUUCGGGCUGGCUCAGUGCUGGGAGUUUGUCAAGAGGAGGGAUUGUCAGAGGUGUUUGGCUGAUUCUGUUUCAAGGAUUGGGGCUUGUCUACCUAAAGAUCAAGGGAGGGUUCUGAAUUCGGGUUGUUAUAUGAGGUAUUCGACGCAGAGGUUUUAUAAUAAUUCAGGGGAUGGUGAGGCGCCAGUUAGGAAUGGAAGAGGGAGCAAAACCGCGGUGAUUCUUGCUGCAACUUGUGGUGGGGGCGCUUUUCUGCUGUUUAUAGCGAUGAUCAUGUUCUUUGUGAGGAAGAAAAUCUUGAAACAGAAAAGAGAAAAGAAGCAACUAGGAGCAUUGUUGAGUACUGUUAACAAGUCCAAAUUCAAUUUCUCAUAUGAAACACUUGAAAAGGCAACAAAUUACUUUCAUGAUUCCAAUAAGUUGGGACAAGGAGGAUCGGGUACCGUCUACAAAGGGAUUUUACCAAGCGGUCAGGCUGUUGCUGUUAAGAGGCUCUUAUUUAACACGACACAAUGGGCGGAUCACUUCUUCAAUGAAGUUAACUUGAUCAGUGGCAUUCAACAUAAGAAUUUGGUGAAGCUGUUUGGUUGCAGCAUUACAGGACCCGAAAGCCUUUUGAUCUAUGAAUAUGUUCCAAACCAAAGUCUUCACGAUUACUUCUCUGCUCAGAAGAAUGUUCAUCUGCUAUGUUGGCAAGUGAGGUUCAACAUCAUUUUGGGUACAGCUGAGGGCUUGGCCUAUCUUCACGAAGAAUCAAAGCUUAGAAUCAUACACAGGGACAUAAAGCUCAGCAACAUACUUCUUGACAAAGACUUAACGCCAAAGAUUGCUGAUUUCGGGCUUGCUAGAUUGUUUCCUGAAGAUAAAAGUCAUAUUAGCACUGCAAUCGCAGGGACACUUGGAUAUAUGGCACCAGAGUAUGUUGUUCGAGGCAAGCUAACUGAGAAAGCAGACGUUUAUAGUUAUGGAAUUCUUGUCAUAGAAAUUAUUUGCGGAAAGAGGAACAAUGCUUUUGCAGAAAACACAUUUUCUAUCAUACAAACGGCUUGGAACCUGUAUCAGGCAGGGAGAUCAUGUGAAACAGUUGAUCCAUCACUGGAAGGCAACUUCCAAGAACAAGAGGCGUCUAGAUUGCUUCAGAUAGGCUUACUCUGUGCGCAAGCAUCAGCAGAACUGCGACCCACUAUGUCAAAUGUUGUAAAAAUGAUCAUCGGUGAGCAAGAGGUUCCCCAGCCAGCACAACCACCAUUCCUCAAUUCGACUAGUUCAAGAAGCACUUCGUUCAAUCAGCUACAGCCUGAUCAUUAUUCCCGGCCUCGUUCCAACUCUCAGUCUUCAGGAAACAGCAUCACAGAAAGCAUUGAACCACGCUGAAUUAAACUGCCUAUUCAUAGAUUCAUCAUCCACAUUGUAAUUUGUACAUAUACACAUUAUAUGAAAUGAAUUUGGAUUAUCUUAACAUUGCUGAAUUGAAUUUUUUUUCUUAUC